GUGGAUGAAGUAGCAGCCGCAGAGAAGAAGAAGACAGAGGACGCCGAGAAGGCAUGUCUGUUGGCAAUCGAACAGUAGCGCCAGCAAGACGAGGCAGUAGCAAAGGCUGCCGAUGAAGAACGAAAUCAACGACGCGAGAAGAUAUUCAACGAAGAGCGAACCUUACUCACAAUGGCAGCAUACUGGCGGGCCGAGGUCGAGAAUGGUAAGAUGGAAGAGAGUGAAAGCAAGAUCGCUCUACUCCUCUCCCAUUUCACGGAUCUCCUGGCAACAUGCAUUGCACCACAGCCUCGACGACGCGGUUCAGACGCACAAACAGGCGUUUGAUCAAGUCAACAGCCGCCUUCAGCAGUUGGAGCAACAACCUGUCACCGCCCCCGUUGCCAGCUCCUCCAAUACCUCUGAUCGCCUCAAUGCAUUGGAGAUCGAUGUCGGAGCCCUCAAGGACGGCGCGCAGCUACAGCAAACCGCCACACAACAACUGAAGCAGCGGACCUGUGCUGCCGCUGCCAACCCGAGUUCGGCACCGCACGAGACAACUCCAAAGUUCGAUGGUAAGGAGAUCUUCUGCGAUUCAACGAAGAUGGACCCGAUUCCAUGGUUCCGCAAGUUUAAGCUCAAGUUGCGGCUACAUCACGUCAGCGAGGACAAGAAACACGCGUGCUUAUACUCUCGGUCGGGGGGCGCGUGCCAAGCAUGGUUGGACAAUCUCUUGUCCAAGUACGGGGUGGUAGCUGCCGACUUGUACACCAAGAUCAGCUGGGAUGAUCUAAAGGCGACGUGGCAUAAGCGGUUCCAAGCAGAGCCCCUGGAGAUAAAGGCAAUGGACAAGUUGCUGACCUUCGAACAAGGCACGCUGCCGAGUGUUGACUGGAUUGCCGAAUACCAACGCUUGACAUCUGUCCCAUAUAUUCAAAUGGGCUUCAAGGCCUUCAAACACUACUUCAUCACGAGGUCGUGUCCGGUGUUGGGCAACGCCUUGACUCACGUCGAGGACACCCUGACGACAACGGCGGAGCUUUUUGACAAGGUCGCGCAGAUCAUUGUCACGAACAAGGAGGCCAAGAACCUCAACUGUUCGUCUGCGACAGGCCCGAGCAGAGAUCAGCAUCGGCCGAAAGUGGCCGUGGUCGCCCCGACAAAGACCGAGGACGCGGCAAGACGAAGACAAACAUAGCAUCUAUCCACGGGCCCCGCGCAACAGCUCCAGCCCCAUGGU